AUGGAUUCCAAGCAGUUUCGGGAGGCGGCCGUGUCCUCGAUUGACGACAUCGUCAAGUACUACGAUACUAUCGAAGAACGUCGCGUGGUCUCUGAGGUAGAGCCUGGCUAUCUGAGAAAACUGCUGCCGGACCACGCACCAGAAGAGGGAGAGGCUUGGUCGGAUAUCCAGAAGGAUCUCCAGUCGAAGAUCGUUCCUGGACUUACGCAUUGGCAAUCGCCAAAUUUCCUGUCGUGGUUCCCUUCUUCUUCCAGCUUCCCAGCAAUGCUCGGUGAAAUGUAUUCUACCGCGUUUACCGGUGCUGCUUUCAACUGGAUCUGCUCUCCAGCCGUCACAGAGUUGGAGACUAUCGUGUUGGACUGGUUAGCCAAGGCCUUUGGACUUCCCGAAUGCUAUCACUCGACAGGCUCAACUCACGGCGGUGGCGUGAUCCACGGCACUGCAUCUGAAGCUAUCGCCACCGUCAUGGUUGCCGCUCGGGACAAGUACCUUCGUGAUGCAACAACUGGUUUGGAGGGUGAGGACCUUGAGGAUGCUAUGGCCAUCAAACGAGGCAAGCUGGUCGCCCUAGGCAGUGCAGCGACGCAUAGUGCAACCAAGAAGGCGGCUAUGAUUACCGGCGUGCGGUACAGGUCUGUCCCAGUCCAUGCGAAGGACGGGUACAAGAUGACCGGAGAGGGUCUGCGAGCCACCAUAGAGGAGCUUCGUGCCAAGGGCCUGGAGCCCUUCUACCUCACAUCUACUCUAGGAACCACUGACACCUGUUCUACCGAUGAUUUUGACUCGAUUGCUGCGGUACUCGACGAACUAGCCCCGCCCGGUCCGGGUGAGAUCUGGGUACACAUCGAUGCGGCAUAUGCAGGAGUGGCGCUUAUAUGCCCAGAGUACCAGCACCUCACUAAGCAGUUCGCCCGCUUCCACAGCUUCAAUACGAACCUGCACAAGUGGCUGCUUACCAACUUCGACUGCAGUGUUUUGUAUGUACGACAGCGCAACUGGCUGAUCGAGGCGCUGAGUGUAACAUUGGCGAUCUUGAAAAAUGACUACACGGACUCUGGUCUGGUUACCGAUUACCGCGACUGGCAAAUCCCGUUCGGCCGACGCUUUCGCAGCUUGAAGGUCUGGUUCGUGAUCCGGACCUUCGGUAUCAAGGGGCUACAGAGUCACAUCCGAAAGCAUGUGGGACUCGGCGAGACGUUUGCAGAGUUACUCAGGUCGAGGAGCGACUUGUUCGAGAUCGUGACGGGCCCAAGGUUUGCACUGACCGUUUUCAAGCUUAGGGGUAAGGGUGAGGCGGCCACGCUAGAGGAGCAGAAUGUUCUUACGAAGACGAUGCACGAGGCAGUCAAUGACGAGGGCAAGAUUUUCUUGUCGAGCACAGUCGUUGGCGGUGUUUUUGCGAUCAGGCAUUGUCCUGCAACGCCAUUCGUCGAAGAGGAGCACGUCAAGAUGCAUUUUCAGGUUCUAGUUGCGAGUGCUGAGAAGACUCUUGCAUAG